AUGGCCGUGCUGGCGCCGCUGCUGGCACUUCUGUACUCGAUUCCGCGACUUUCGCGAUGGCUGGCCCGGCCCUACUGCCUCCUCUCGGCGUUGCUAUCGGCCUCCUUCCUGCUCGUGAGGAAGCUGCCACCGCUGUGCCUCGGUCUCCCCACGCAGCGCGAGGACGGCAAUUCCUGCGACUUUGACUGGAGGGAGGUGGAGAUCUUAAUGUUCCUCAGUGCCAUUGUAAUGAUGAAGAACCGGAGAUCAAUCACUGUGGAACAGCAUGUAGGUAACAUCUUCAUGUUCAGUAAAGUGGCCAACACCAUCCUCUUUUUCCGCCUGGACAUCCGCAUGGGGCUCCUCUACAUCACACUCUGCAUAGUGUUCCUGAUGACUUGCAAACCCCCUCUCUACAUGGGCCCGGAAUACAUCAAGUACUUUAAUGACAAGACAAUCGAUGAAGAGCUGGAACGGGACAAGCGGAUCACAUGGAUUGUUGAGUUUUUUGCCAAUUGGUCUAAUGAGUGCCAGUCAUUUGCUCCUAUCUACGCUGACCUCUCCCUAAAGUACAAUUGUACAGGGCUGAAUUUUGGGAAAGUGGAUGUUGGACGCUACCCUGAUGUCAGUACACGAUAUAAAGUGAGCACAUCACCUCUCACCAAGCAGCUUCCCACCCUGAUCCUAUUUCAGGGGGGCAAAGAGGUCAUGAGAAGACCCCAGAUUGACAAGAAGGGUCGAGCUGUCUCUUGGACAUUCUCUGAGGAGAAUGUGAUCCGAGAGUUCAGCCUGAAUGAGUUGUACCAACGUGCCAAGAAGCAGAACAAGACCCGGGAUGUGAUUCCUGAGGAGCAACCUGAAUCUACAGCCCCUCAAACACAGCCUGAUGAGGAAAACAAGAAGGACAAAUAGGAGCUCUGUUCUGCCCUGCCAGACAGACAUCCCUAUUCCUCUAGCUUUUUCUUGGUUGCCUUUUCAGGCCUGCCCUUGUUAUGACUGAGGGACUUCAUAGGCUGCUGCCUUUUAGUAUUUAUAUUUAUUCCUUAUUUGGAAUAGACCUGGAGCCAGGCCCAAGGCUGUUAGGGGAGGAAUUAACAAUGGCAUACUAAAGUAUGGACUUUGUGGCCAAGUGCCUCCCUCCAAUUUGGUCAACCCUUUCACCAAAGGGGGGGGGGGGGGGAUCUAUUCCUUAUCUCAGAGAGAGGAAGUUCCUUUCUGAAUGUGGACAUUUUUCUAUUGAUGGAGGGCCAAGAAGAACAGAAAAUGGGUUAAAUUCAGAAGUCACAUGUCUUCGCCAUUCUGUAGUUUCAUUGCUUCUUCCAGAGGCAAUAGAAAGCCUUUCAGUUCAAACAGGAUUCAAGUCAGAAGCACUACUAACAGACCUUCAGCAUCAUUGACCUCACUUCCCUUAGGGCUUUCUGGCCUUCCUUAUUGCUCUUUAGCAUUUGGUAAAGAGUUUUGGUUUAACUUUGAUGUAGGUACUAAUAAGAAUUAAAAUCCAUUAACAAUAGGUCUUCCUCCUACCCCAGAGAGGGGAAAGAUGGGGUGCAAGUUGCUUUUAGAAAUGUUCAUUAAUUUCAACAUCCCUUUCCUUUGAGCCAAGAAGAAUCAAGAGUAUGUAGUCUCUAUAUUGGGGACUAAUGGAGAAGGGCUCAGGGUUCCUUUGCUACUUCUUAUUGAUAUCUUUAGUUUUUAUAUCUCCUUUUUUUUCUCUAAAUCAAUAUGUACUUCCUUAAUUCCGCCCCCAAUAAUGAACCAAAUAAAAAGAACAAGCCUAAAAUAAAGACUUAAGUAUAUAGUGGCUCAGUCAAAGCUGAUCAAAUUCCCAUUUUGACCAUUUCUGAAAAUGCAUGUCUCUUCUAUAUGGAGGUGAGUGGGAAAUUUCAUCUUCAUUCUUUUGCUGUUCUGGUUUACAUUGAUCAGAAUUCUUGUCUUAUGAAGCUGUUUCUCCAUAAUGUCCAGUUCUGAUUUUUCUCCCUUUACAUCUAUUCAUAGAGGUCUUUGUUUCCUCUGAAACUGUCCUGAUUAAUCACUUUAGUUAUUUCCCAGCAGGACACUCGGUUUCAAAUUUGGGGCUACCAUACAAAAAACUGUAAGAAAUGUUUUUGCACCUUUUUCCUCUUCGAUUUCUCUAGUGUAUAGAUUAGUAAUGUUGCCUCAAGUAACUGAGGCAAAGAGUGCACAUUUUACUAACUUUGUGGGCACAAUUACAAAUUACUUUCCUAACACUCCAACAUUUGUAGAACCUCAAAGUUGCUUUAAUUUGCAUUUCUCUAAAAGAUUUAUAACAUUUUGAAAAAUUGGUUGUUGAUAGUUUGGAUUUCUUCUUUUGAAAAUUAUAUGCUUUGACAAUUUUUUGGUUGGGGAUGGCUGUUAUUCUUAUAUAUUUGGAUUGUAUAAUCUUGGAAAUUCAGCUUUUAGCAGCAAAAACUUUUCUCCCCAGUUGCUGUUUUCUAUCUCAUUUCCCCCUCCUAGAUUUGGUUUGCUUUUGAAUUUUAUAUUAUUAAAAUUGUUGGGUUUUAUCUUGUCCAAUUCCAUCCAGGACUUAGGAACAGAGUUUUUUCCCUUGUUUUCUAAUUUUUGUGAUGUAACAUAGUAUGUAUCCAUUGGAACUUGGGCCAGCGCUAAUGUCUGCCCAGUCCCUCCUGCCAGUCUCCCUCCUAUCCUUCGCUACUGACAGUCAUUGACUAGCAAUAAACAGCGAUGGCCCCA